CGUCUCACCACACGCUCUGCAGAUGCACACCUCCCAGUUUGAGCCUCUCACUUGCCUUCUGUCCCUCGCUGGAAGAUCGCCAUGGACCAUUACAUAUUCCUCAACAGUUCUGACAACGUCUCCGAGGAGUCCGGGGACUUCGACCCGGACGGCGAGGGUCCGUGCGGCCAAGCGCUCAGCGACGACUUCAAGAAGGUUUUCCUGCCCACGGUCUAUGGAAUAAUCAUCGUCCUGGGCAUCGUUGGCAAUGGAUUAGUCGUGGUAGUGAUGGGCUACCAGAAGAAAAUGAGGACCAUGACUGACAAGUACCGGCUCCACCUCUCCGUGGCCGACUUGCUGCUGGUGCUCACGCUGCCCUUCUGGGCGGUGGACGCCGUCCUGAACUGGUACUUCGGGAGCUUCAUGUGCGUGUUUGUGCACAUGAUCUACACGCUCAACCUCUACAGCAGCGUGCUCAUCCUGGCCUUCAUCAGCCUGGACCGGUACCUGGCGGUGGUGCGGGCCACCAACAGCCAGGCCACGCGCAAGCUCCUGGCCAGCAAGGUCAUCUACGUGGGCGUGUGGCUGCCCGCCGCCGUCCUCACCGUGCCCGACCUGGUCUUCGCUCGGGUGGAGGACACCAACUCCUCCGGCUUGCUCUUCAUGGCCGACGGGAGCAUGGAGAUCAGCGACUCCAGGGUCAUCUGCCAGCGCAUUUACCCCGCCGGGCGCAGCCUGGCGUGGACGGUGGGCUUCCGCUUCCAGCACAUCCUGGUGGGCUUCGUGCUGCCCGGCCUGGUCAUCCUGGUCUGCUACUGCGUCAUCAUCGCCAAGCUCUCCCAGGGCGCCAAGGGCCAGGCGCUGAAGAAGAAAGCCCUGAAGACCACGGUCAUCCUCAUCCUCUGCUUCUUCUCCUGCUGGCUGCCGUACUGCCUGGCCAUCUUCCUGGACACCCUGAUGAUGCUGGGCGUGCUGGACGACCCCUGCCAGCUGCAGCAGGCGGUGGAGAAGUGGAUCUCCGUCACCGAGGCCCUGGCCUACUUCCACUGCUGCCUCAACCCCAUCCUCUACGCCUUCCUGGGGGUGAAGUUCAAGAAGUCGGCCAGGAGCGUGCUGACGGCCAACAGCCGCUCCAGUCAGAAGGCCACGCUGGUGAAGAAAAAGCGCGGGCCGUCGGUGUCCACCGAGUCGGAGUCCUCCAGCGUUUUGUCCAGUUAACGCCGCGCGGGACUUGGAACUAACUCUCCAGACUUGACCACAGUUUGUACAGAAGUUUGCAUUGUUUUGUUUUUUUAUACAAGUCUAGUCUUUUUGUCAAACUGUUGCAAAGUAAAACUGUAAAUAGAGUUGUGUGUUCGCACUUAAGUUGUGUGACUUUUUAUUUAUUGCCGUCGUUCACACUGGAAGUUUUGUAAAGGACUCAAACUGCAUGCUGCUUCUUCUUUUUUUUAAUAGGUGUGUGUGUGUUUUUUUUAUAUGUGGAAAUAAACAAGUUUGUCUUAUA